AUGAAGUUAAGUGUGAUGUUCAAUGUUCCGAACACAAUUGGAUAUUUCAGAAUUGGACUCCUGAUUGCAUCUACCUUUGUAUCUGGAUCAGCGUUUGUUGUUCUAUAUGGCCUAUCAUCUCUCCUUGAUUUCUUUGAUGGGCAUCUUGCAAGGAUGCUCAAUCAGUGCUCUCUUCUAGGGUCAAGCCUAGACAUGAUAACAGACAGGGUUUCCACAGUUGUGAUAUCGCUUCGAAUCAUCCAGAAGAGAGUUGAAUACUUACAGAUUCUAUCUCUGUACAUAAUAUUCGACCUCAUCUCUCAUUUUAUAUACUUCCACAUGUCGACCUUGCUGGGGAAGCAUCACAAAGGAACGAGCAAUAGGAUCCUAAGAGUUUAUUAUGACAAGAGGGUUCUUGGCCCUACAUGUUUACUGAGCGAGGUGUUCUUUAUGUACAUAUACUGUUUUGACUACAAGGGAGUGCUUCUUUAUACUCUUGGGGGUGUCACAAUGGUUAAGACAUUAUUCCAUCUUGCCCAACUUUCAGAAGCUGUUUCAGGUAUGAGUGAUAUCCGUUGUAUUGAGAAAUAA